AUGCCCUCAUUGUGCAAUUUGACAUGGCGGGCACCACCACCGGGACGAGUGCGGGAGGAGUGGAUAAAACCUUCAGUGGAGGUUAGAGGCUUGAUGCAUCAACCGAAUGCAGCCGGGCAGACCCCGGAACAGCUGGUUGGUGGUCCCGCCGAGAGUUUCCACGCAGACGGCAGGCAGAGGCAGCACGGAGAGGACCAGACCAAGGUCGAGAUUGAGGUCAAGAGGCGGAACGAGGGCGCAUAUCAGCGGACCUUACGGAAAAGAAAGAAAGAGAUGAAUUUUGUUCUAUCAGGCUAG